AUGAUCUACGGGUAUGCAUGGAAAGGAGCGGCUUGUGCUGUGAUUAGCAAUGUUAAUUGGUUCUUUGUUUCAAUUAAUUUGUCGUUAUACGGGACCAUAGCAAUUUUAACAUAUCUUCGAAUUUGCCGUGGAAUGUUCUUUAAUUAUGGUAAAGGCGAUUAUAAACUUUGGUCGUUGGUCUUGUUUUUAUCGGUAAUAUUUCAGAUAUUGAACUACAAAAAUCAUGGACCACGUAAAUAUUGCAUAUUAAAAGAAGUAAUGAACGUUCGAGGUUCUUGUUACACCGUGUCAACAUCAACAUCAUCAGAAAAUCUUGAUGACAAUAAUGUUGAAACAGCUAUGGGAAAGUCAAUGGGAGGAAUUGGCAAUGCAAUUCAAUACAUGAUAAAUGAAGGAAUUGUUGUUAGUGCAUCAACAGGACUCGAAACCCCAAUUAUCGAAUGUUUAGGAAUCACAAAUGAGAAUAAUACUGAUGAUGAUGUAACUGAAAUAAGCAAAGUUAAGGAUACCUAUGAUACAAAUAUUAUGGAUAAGAACGAAGAUAGCAAUAUCAUAUUAAAUAAUGAAAGUCAAAGUAACAAUAAGAUAAAUUUUAAAGAUGAUAUUAAUGUAUGA